UUAUUCAUUCACAAAUUUACUCAUGUCUCUGACGUCAUGAAUGUUUACCCAACAUGGCGGCCCAGUAGCAAUCUUGCCUUCAAAACAAAAUGCGCAGCAGUAGUUUGUGUUGCUAUCUUUUAUAGUUUAUUUUUACACUUGUGCAAUAUAAUAAAAAAUUUCGUUUAAUCUCUGCUACUUGUGAUCUCGCAUCUGAGGUCGACGCGAGGCAGCGCAAUGGAACAAGACCACGAGGAGAAGCCCUCCAGUGCGGACACUUCUCCCGUGACGACCGCCUUAUCUCCCUUGGACGUGUACGAGUUUGACCAGGAACUCGAAUAUGAGGAGGAAGACUUGCAGUACAAAAGCUCCCGCGCCGCUACCACCACUGCCACCACAACAACCACAUACUCGUAUCGUCAGGAUGCCCAAGAAGCGAUAUUCGACGACGAUGACGACAAUGAGGAAGAUGCCAGCACGAGCGGCUUCGGUAGCGGUGCGUGCACCAGCUAUGAUAACCUUAGUGGACUGGGAUACAGCGGUGCCUCGCGAGACGGGGAUGUGGAUGUGGGGACUCUCAGUGGACUCAUACUCGAGCCUGGCGCUAGCCUCAUGCUUGAUGAUGACGGAUUCUCGGAUAACGUCGAGGAUAACGAAGAACUUGACACGGUGGUCGAGAGACUUAUGCGUCGCAGCGACAGCAUCAACAACAAAACUAGAGAGGCGGUGUGCGCUCAGCUGGCGGUGACGCUGGAGGAGGUGCGUCACUGCCGUCAGGAGGUCGAGGGACUGCUGCUCCUCCUUAGGAAACUUGCUUUCGACCUCAGUCAAGAGGUGCGCGAUGAGGCCAUGGAACAAGUUCACCUGCUGGGGCGCGUGUGCAGACGCUACAAGCAGGAGCUGGGACACGUGUUGCCGGGACAUCUGUUACCUCUUGUUGUCGAACACAUACUUAACUCUGCCCAUCAGUACCGACGCACGGGCCAUGCUGCUCUGCUGCUGCUCCUCCGAGACCGCUUGCUGCAGCGCCAGCAGUUGGUGGACGUGUGCGGUCUGGUCUGUACGCUCACCUCCCCUCAGCUCGACACUGGCCAGACCAGGUCUGAGGAAGACAGAUCCGACGCGCUCGCGCUGAUGUGCCGCAUGGUGUCGCUACUGAAGAAGAAGUACAGCGUACGCUACUUGCUGCCGUGCUUCCUGCAGCUGUGCUCCGACUCCCUGUCUUCCAUCAGACGCAUCGCCGCGUCCAAUAUGGGCGUCUUCGCUGAGGUCGCUGGCACCGCACUUACUGAACAAUCUUUGUUGCCAGUGUUCGUGAGCCUGUGUCGGGACGCAGCCUGGGAAGCGCGUCGUGCGUGCACUGACAGCUUCCAUCAGAUGGCGACUGUGUGUCUGCCGGCUACACGACGGAUCAGCCUCGCCCCAGUCUUCCUAGACCUGCUUUCAGACCAGAGCAGAUGGGUGCGAGCUGCGGCACUACAAGCCCUCGGGAUGUUCAUCAGCACUUUUGGCGACGCAGACGCAAUCAGUAAACGCAACGCUGCCCUGGGCAUAUCACACUUCCAGUCUGACGACGAUGCUUCGAGUUAUGUGGCUAGUGAUUCCUCGGACGAAGAAGAGCUUAAAGAUUUAUUGGAUGAGAAAGAUGGUGCUGAGUUAUCAGCUGAUGAAACUGAACCAAGAGAUCAAUCAGAAACGGAGACUCGACACCAUAAAGAAAAUCAUAUUGACGACUGCAGCACCACAAAUAUUUUAUCCAUCCCAGUUUUGAAGCGACGCUCGUGUGAACCUCUAGGCUUCCUCAGCGACUCGUGCCGUCCACCUUCAUCCCCUCUACCAGCUGUCAACCUCCUCGACCAGCCCUUCGUAACUCCCUCCUCCUUGUAUCUGCCUCCUAAGGAGCUAGAGGAACCUUCAUUCAAUUCUUUCAACUACUGGCGCGUUCCAUUACCCGAAGUGGAGCUUCCAAUUCUGCACGAAGAAGACUCGACUUCUGAUUUACAAAAUUCUUCCAUUAUCGUAAAUAAUGCUUCAAUAGAUGCCAGUGAAGACGAGAGCAUCACGUCACAACAUACUAUACAAGAGGAACGAAGUGCUUCCCAAUUGGAGCGAGCUAGCGCACCGACGCCAUUUGGAGAAGUGAUGGCAGCUCAAGAAGACUUGGACAGCUCAGGCGACUCUGAUGAUGACACAAUCAUAGAUUUAAGCUCGCUAAGUGAAUGUCUCUCAAUAGAUGAAGAAAAGAUAGACUUGAGACUAAAGAGAAGACCUCAAUCCCAAAGAGAAUAUAGAGAAAACGGUCCAGCUAUAAACUAUGAUGAGAGCGUCGGGAGGAGGAUAGAACGACAUCACUCUGGCAGUGAAGUAAGGAACAGUUGGUUAUUGGCAGAUCUCUCUGGUUCAGCUGAGUCAUCGUCCUCAUUUUUCGACUCAUCAAGGAAGGUGCAAAGUCAAGAUAUCAUUCCUCAUGGUUUGCUGGAGAACUUCUUGCAAAUGACGGAGCCUAGCCGCACUGCUACGGACGAUAAAGACAUAUGCCGCUACUGCGCCUACGCCAUGCCAGCUGUAGCGCUCACUCUUGGCCAAGAGAACUGGCACAUCUUGAGAGAUACUUACUACAACCUGUCACAACAUUACCAGUGGCGAGUACGACGAACGUUGGCGUUCAGCAUGCACGAAAUGGCGGCCAUACUUGGCGGUGAACAUGCUGCUGCUGACAUCAUACCAAUUUACCAGGACUUCACGAGCAGCGAACCUGAAUGCGUUCGCAUUGGUAUACUAGAGAAUCUAUCUGCGUUCGUUAGAGUCCUGCCGCCCGCCCAACGCAAACACCUGCUGCCCAACUUGUGCACCUUCUUGACCCUCAAUGAUAGGAAACUAAAAGUGGAGUUCUCCUUCCAGCUCGCUCAACUGCUUCAGUACUUCUCUCCGGCAGACGUGGAUGAGUACAUCAAAGGGAUCUGUUUCAAGCUCUUGGCGGAGCAGCUCAAAUACAAUAAACACGAAGUUUUUGAGCUGAUGUGCGCUUUAGUUCACCGCCUCGGUGAUGAGGGAAACGAAGGCUGCGUCAUCGACGUUUGUGAGAAGCUCGUGAAAGAGUUUGGUUUAGACUGCGUCUGGUCUCGACGUCAAGCGUUUGUACUGGUCGCUGGACGCAUGCUAGCUACCCGAAGCAUGCCUCUGGAGAUGUACUGCGAGUAUCUCCUUCCUCAGGUCAUCAAACUCGCCUCCGAUGGAGUCCCAAACGUGCGCCUUGCAGUCGCCGAAGUCCUCACUCGAUACCUAGUGCCUAAUGAACACUUUUUGAACUGCUGCUCACGCGAAUACGAACUAGUUCGACAAGUUUACGAGCAGUUACAACGCGACAGAGAUAGAGACGUGCGAGAUUUUGCUGCCUCACCUUUCAGUGCUGCGGAUUUGAACAUUGACCUAAGCAGGACCUCCAGCAGCCCUGGCUUGGUGUGUGGGUCUCCCGAUCGAGAUCGCCUCAGUGAAAUUCCGGAUGAAAUGCCGUCAAACAAUCCGGAUAUCGAGUCCGCACAAACUGUGAGCUUCACUAUUGCUGACAAUGAAGAAUAUUGAUCAGCCAAUGCGAAGCGUCCCACUUGCGUCCAUUCUUACUCCAAUAGUGAGCAAGCUGCAGCUGGUCUGUCUGUCUGCUCUUGAUUUGUUACCUAUUUGUGGUUGCCUUCUAAUUUUUGAUACUCGUCGUGAUUAACUCAUGCGUCUGAAGAGCUAUUAAUAUAUCGUAAUCUUAUGAAACGAUCGUACUGUUACCUCGAUUGUUAUGACCUUGAUUCCGGUCGUAGCGCUUUUGUGCCAUGAUAACUUCGGCGGACGUGAUUAAGUGUCGUCUCGUGGGGAGAAGCUCGGACUUUUGUCGAUUGAAUCGGAAUUAGUUAACAUAAUUUCAAGUUUUUAUUGUAGAGACUAAAGAGCCAUAUAUUUGGAGUUCAUUGCUAGACUUUCGUUCAAAACAUAGGCGUAAUGAUAUGUCUUAUUUUUUGGCAAGAUUUGAACGCCUUCGUGGACUUAAAUACCAAGCCUUCAGCGUCAUCGGAGUUUGCUUAUGUGAUAUGAUUGUUGCAAUGAAUUUUAUGCUAAUUCCUCCGUAUAUUAAUGAAGGAAUUCAUUAGACGUAUAAAAAUUGUUGUUUAUCUUUUUGGACCAUUUAAAUGAUUACAGUCCUUACGGGGAAUUAUCUUUGCCGAAAGUGUUUGCGAUAAAAUUUACGGAAGAAGUUGAAAGCUGAUUAACGCGUAUUCUGAAGUUUCUACCUAAGGUUAAGUUCGCAACGCCGUACGAGGUGAUUGUCGAGUUCAUACAUUGGUGCAAAUUACUAUGCCAUGCUUAGAAAUGAAUACCUCAUCUAUGAUUGUUAAAAGUUCGUUAAUGUGGGUAAGGGAUAGCAAUGUCAUCUCUUUGGGAGAGACAUUAGGCGUGUGGAGGAUUAGUUAAUUGCCUCACUAUUCCUAGUCAAGGUCUAUUUAGAUACGUACGCUUCGCGAAGCAUUGUAUAUCUUUAUUGUAAAUAUCCCUAUUCAUAUAUUGAAAUAAAUUCA